GGCGCGGCCAUGGCGCAGCCCCGGGUGCUGCCCCAGAGCAAGGAGACCCUGCUGCAGUCCUACAACAAGCGCCUCAAGGACGAUGUCAAGUCCAUCAUGGACAACUUCACCGAGAUCAUCAAGACGGCCAAGAUUGAGGAUGAAACUCAAGUCUCUCGAGCAACCCAGGGUGAACAAGAUAACUACGAGAUGCAUGUCAGAGCUGCAAAUAUUGUCCGAGCUGGCGAGUCCCUGAUGAAACUUGUGUCUGACCUGAAGCAGUUCUUGAUCCUCAAUGAUUUCCCCUCCGUGAACGAGGCCAUCAACCAGCGCAACCAGCAGCUGAGGAGUCUGCAGGAGGAGUGUGACAAGAAGCUGAUUGCCCUGCGGGAUGAGAUCUCCAUUGACCUGUACGAGCUAGAAGAAGAAUAUUACUCUUCCAGCUACAGUCUGUGUGACAGCAAUGAUCUCCCACUGUGCGAAGCCUACUGGAGACAAGACUUGGCCACGCUGUCCCCCGAGAGCCUCUCGAUGCCUCUGGCCGCUGCCGCCGCCGAGCAGAGCGUUGCCACCUCGCAGAGUUCCACCCCUUCGCACCCGCACGUGAACGGGCACGGGGCGGGCCCCGCCGAGCAUUCCUGAAGAGGAUCCGCUGCUGCCGGGCCGGGUGGUCCGGGAUGGCCCCGCCGCGGCGCCGCGCUGCUGGAAGUCUUCCUCCUGCUGUCGGGAGGAGGCGCUGGAGCUGUGCUGGCAGGGCUCUGCUCCCUGCAUGGCUGCAGCGCUUCCUCCGCGCCAGGACCUCGCCAGGAGCGUUCCUGUCCCUUAAGAGAUAGAGAUAUGUAGACGCAAAGUGAAUCUCAUUAUUACAAGUUAGAGUCAGGUUUGCUUUAACGUGAUAGUUACGUGUAGAGUUCGUUAGAGGUCUUAGAAGUUUGUUUCCACGUGAGUGUUGGAAGUUGAAUUUCUUUGGGAUAAACUUGAGCCAAAUGUGGGGGCAGUGAGCAUGUUGGGGUUUUUACUCUGCUUCCCAAGGUUGUUGACGUUCUGGCUGCUUUAAAGCUCUCUCAGGAUGGCAUCUGACAACCUCUGGUCUACUGUAAAGAGUCUUAUAGUACUUUUACACAACAGUCUUCACUGUCAAAAUGCUUUACAAACUUGAACUCUUGAUUUGGAAGGAGGAUCCCAGCAGACCCUUAUGGAAGAGCAGUGUUCCCCCCUGGAAGAAGAACAGGCAGACAGACUGUAGACUGCGGGAUCAAUGACACCACUUGCUCAAAGCCACAAAGAGAAGCAGUGUCAUGCUUUAGUCACUCGAUUCCUUCCUCAGUGUUUACACAGAAAUUUCUGUUAAUGUAGUCUGAGCUAACAUGUAGCCACUGUUUAUGUUGGCUUUUAGUUUUGUCUGAUGAAAAAAUCUUGAGAGCAGUGAGGAAUACUCAGUUACUCUGUUUCCUUCCAAAGAAACCCAUUUAUUUGGUGCUUGGUCUGCAGCUGUUAGGCAGCUCAGCACAUCUUCUGUCCUUUCCUUUUGUGGUGGCUCUGCCUUGGCUCGAGCUGUGCAGCUGAAAGGGAGAUGCCACUGACCUGAACAGUGUCACCACAGCUCGGUGUCACGGGCACCACAAAGCCACCAGGGCAUUCCAACAACUGAGCUGAGCUUCCCCAGCUUUCUGCUGUAAUGUCUUAUAUCUUAGGAUGUGAAUUUUUGCUAUUAUUUUUUUUGAUUUCUUUUCCUUCCAUUCCAUUUAUUUUUGUAACUAGGUGAUUUAAUAAAACUGGCUGUUUUGUAUAAUUUUUAA